GAAAAAAUAAGGAAACUUCAAAAAUAGUUUCAAUAUUUAGUUCAUUCAACUUCAGAUACUAUAAUAAAGACGACUUUAUAAUAACACGAAGACAGUGGCUGUAAUAGAGAAAAUAACGCUGAUAGGGGGUCAGUGUGACCUCGACAAGAUGCCUAUCAUAUCUGACAUUUAUUUGAGAAUGGCAGACUAACAACUCCAAAUCUCGAAUCAAUACAACGACGAUUGCUUUAUUAACAUUUGGGAAUGACACCCUGCAAUUGAUGUUAAAACUAAAGGGAAUUAAGAAUGAGGAAUUGCAACUUGAUGUUACAACCACUGUAACUGCUUGCAUUUGGAGUGCUAGCUGAGAAGUUACUUUGAUUUAAGCCUCUUGUCUUGUAGCAUUAACAGAACAGAAUUAGCAGAAUUAAUUUUGGAUGAUAGGGUAAUUUUCAAAAGCUAUCAUUUGGGAUUAGAUUUGAUUUGAAUCUGCAAAAACUGAUAAGAAGUGAAUGCUGGAGUUUAAAAUGCAUUGAAAAUCUAACUUGUAUUGUUGAGGUUAUACUUGUUGACUCUACAAUGGCUGAAGCUAAAACCAUAAAUGCUGUAACAAAAGCUACAAUUGUCACAGAUAGGUCAUGUGUUACAAUUACAGAUUUAUCAGUUGUUACAGAUAGAUCAGGGGUUACAGAUAAGGCACAUCUCACAAAAGCGUCAUGCAGUAGUGUAACUUAUCAAUCUUGCAUCACAAAAGCAUCAGGUGUUACAGAUAACUCAAGUGUUACAGAUACGUCAGGUGUUACAGAUAAGGCAGGUGUCACUCUUACCCAAGCACACGCUUCUACCACUGAGGAGGUCAAUUGGAAAGAAAGAUGCCUCAAAUUAGAAGCCUCAUUACAAAAGUUUGAAGGCAAAGCCACAAGGAUACGAACACUCAUAGCUGAUCAGAUGAAAAGUUUAGAUGAAAGAACUCAAAAGUCAGAGAAAAGGGCAGUUGAUGCUGAGAAUCAGGUGCUAGAAUUGCAGUUGAAACUGAAAUCUCUCAAGAUGACACCUGGGGAAUUGCAUACCUGUAACAAAGACCUUGAGUUGCGAUUGCACCAAAGUGAGGCUGAUAGGAAAAUCCUUCAGGAACAAGUUGAAGCUGAAAGAAGGAAGCACAUUGAAGACAACAACAUUGUCAAUGAGAAGGCCACUAAGAUUAAAGAGUGGAUCGGAAACAAAUUAAGAGAGAUUGAGCUGGAGAACCACCAUUAUAAGACUGAGAAUGCAUCCCUCAAUGAGCAAGUGACAAUUCUUCAGAAGCGUCUACAAGAUCUUCCUGCACAACUUGCCAAGGACCUGCACUUGGCCAAUAUUGAAAAUUCGAAACCCCAAGUAUCUGAAAGAUUAUCAGAAAGGUUGUCCAUAGAUGAUAUUCCCCCUGCCAUUCCUGCCAGACCUUCUCAUUCUAUCAUAGAAAGCCUAAACAGAGACCAUGUUUGUGAUAUUUAUAGUACCGUGUCCAAGGACUCCUUCAACAGUUCUGGUUACCAUAGAGAUGACUCGGUAACUGACCAUUCAGGUGAUAGAUUAUCAGGUUACCGUGGUGAUAUAUCUGUAUCUGACCAAUCAGGUGAUCUGUUAUCAGAAGAUCAGCUUUCCAACUAUCAUGGCACUACCUCAGAGCAUGAUGACAGAAUUUCUGGUUACCAUGACAAUAUUGGCUACCAUAGCGAUGUGAAUUACCAUGACAACAGUGAUAUAAGCUGCAAUCUGAACUCAUAUGAAGAUCCAGACUAUCAGGAAAUAGAUGAGAAUCAUGAAAGUCAAUACAAACCUCAAAAACAUAUUCCUCCUCGAGUGAGAAUUGCACGUAAAGUUUUCUACAAUCCAAGAUUUACAGAAUCUCUCAAUAGUUCAGCGUCAAUGGCUAGUAGUGAGGAGAUUUUGGACAAAAAUGAUGAAAUAAUUGACUCAAGACCAGAUUCAGCUUCUAUUAGCUAUGGCACUCCAAUCACAUUAACUCCAAAUACGCCACCCAGUCCCUUAACCCCUUCACUUCCAGAGGCCCCACCAAGCUCUCCUUUACACACAUCGUACCAAAUGUUUGAUCGGAACAUUGCGGCUCUGGCUACGUUACCUCGGAAAAAGAAAGACAUCAAACAUCCUGAGGAUCACAGGUCACCCAUAGUGGAAGGAAUGCUUGUACAUUCAGCUGACCAAAAUGCAAAAAGGGGCACCAAGCCCCCACCCCCUCCACUACACAGACUACCUUCUUGGGAGAAUCGCAUAUAUGCCGUUGCCAGGACGGGACUUCAACUCCCAGAUAGUCCUGAAAGGAACAGGAAAGAAUCAAGCAUUCCAAUCAUUGAGGGCACCCAGUCAGAGAAGCUAUUCCAGGAAAUAAACACACCCGUCUUCACUAUAUGGAAAGGGAAAGCUACAAGGAUAAGAAAUUCACCAUUUUCCGAUAACAGUUCGACUGACUCAUCAGACAAUGAUGCCGCCUUCACACCAUCAGUGGCGCCACCUGUUGAGACAGUCAUGAGUGUGGCGGGACCUAAUGGCAACGUCACAAAAAGUCCAAGUUUGAACACUCGACAGCAAGUAAACCAGAGUAGUUCUGGAGCUAUUAAAAGAGGUGUGUCUAGUCAAUCCGUUAACUCUGAGAGUUCUAGUGAUUACGCUGUCCCCCCAGACAAUGACGUUGAUACAGUGUCCCAUAGUGGCAGUGAGAACUCAGAACCCGAACAGAAACUGUUGAAAUACAGCAAGAAUCUCAGGUUAAGUGGUCUUGAAAAAAGUGGCUACCUUACCAAACUUAGUGGCAAAGUAAAGGGCUGGCAGAGACGCUGGUUCAUAUUGAGAGAUGGACAGCUUCUCUAUUACAAAUCUGCAAGUGAUGCCAUGCGGAAACCCCUUGGGUGCCUCCCACUAGACAGUCAAACCAAGAUCAGCAAAUCUGCAACAGGAACUCAGGCAUUUGAGAUUGUGACAAGUAAGCGAAGGCUUUACCUUAUAGCAGAAGAUGAAGGAGGCGUUGACUCCUGGAUAAGAGUUAUCCAAAAUGCCCUCAGACGCCAAGCAGCUGGUGUAGCUCUGAGGCAGUCCAAUACGAAGGCAGUCAUAAAGGCAUGGCUCACAAAGGCAAAACAUGGUAAAAGUAGGAAGUACUGGUGCACCCUGGUUGGCAAAUACCUCCUGUAUUAUAAAAGACAAUCAGACAAGAUGCCAGUAGGCCAGAUCAACCUUGGUGGCUGUAGAUUGGAGGAGAUAGAUCGUACUUGUGAUUCAGAGAGUGACUCGGAUCUCUCUAUUCAAGAUUUCACUUUAGCUCUCUACCCAACACAAGAUGCAAUUACAUACCUCAUUAUUCAAACAAAACAAGAAAAAGACAGUUGGUUAUACCACUUAACUGUUGCCUCUGGAGGGGGAAUGGGAAAUAUUGGCACAAAUCAUGAACAGAUUAUCUCAAAACUCAUAGACUCAGGUGGCGAUCCAGGCUGUAUAUGCUGGAAACACCCAAGUGUGUUGUACACCAGAGAGGAAACAUUAGAGUGCCCACUGACAACCUUACCUUCUGAGUUGUUACAGGAGAGGGCUCUGCAUUUAUUUAGGAAUUGUCACAUGUUUAUGCAUCGUAAGAUUGACUCACCCGCCAUCGACUACCACGUGAAUAUGGCGCAGAGGGUCACUGAGGAGUGCCUUCUUUUCCCAGAACUCCAAAAUGAAAUCUACUGUCAGCUGAUCAAACAAACCUCUCCACACCCACCUCAACACAAAGGAGGAGUUCAGAACCUGUUGCUAUGUGGCAACAAAUCUUGGUUCAUGUGUGAUGCUAACCCACCUGCAAGCCCUUCGUGCUCAAACAUGGACCUCUACAACUCCAAACUAAACCCAAAUAAUACAGUUUUUAUUCAAGGCUGGCAGUUGCUGUCAAUGUGUCUAUCUCUGUUCUUACCCAAGCAAGGAAUCUUGUGGUUCCUCAAGGCACAUCUGCAAAGAAAUGCGGACCCAAGGACAGAGAUUGGCAAGUAUGCAGUGUUUUGUCAACGAGCCCUCGAGAGAACUCUUUAUAAUGGAGGUAGAGAAAGCAAACCCUCUCGAAUGGAGGUCCUGUCGAUUUUAUUACGCAAUCCAUUCCACCAUUCUCAGCCAAUCAGCAUUCCUGUUCAUCUAAGUAACGAAAGUUAUCAGGUGGUUAGUUUUGAUGGUUCAACAACUGUAGAGGAGUUUCUGAACACAUUGAAUAGGAGUCUUAACAUGAGGGCAUGCAGCCAGUCUGGGUUUGCACUCUUCACAGAUGAUCCCCAGGGGAGAGACGUCUAUCAUUGUCUCAACAUAGAACUGAAGCCUGAGUUUGUACUCUUCACAGAUGAUCCCCAGGGGAGAGACGUCUAUCAUUGUCUCAACAUAGAACUGAAGGUAAGACCCCAGGCCAGAUAUGCCUGCCAUACAAUCAGUCUGGGUUUGCACUCUGCAGAUGAUCCCCAGGGGAGAGACAUCUAUCAUUGUCUCAACAUAGAACUGAAGGUAAGACCCCAGGCCAGAUAUGCCUGCCAUACAAUCAGUCUGGGUUUGCACUCUGCAGAUGAUCCCCAGGGGAGAGACAUCUAUCAUUGUCUCAACAUAGAACUGAAGGUAAGACCCCAGGCCAGAUAUGGCUGCCGUGCAAUCAGUCUGGGUUUGCACUCUUCACAGAUGAUCCCCAGGGGAGAGACGUCUAUCAUUGUCUCAUCAUAG